UGUGAAAAUGUCAGAAAAGGUUAUUGAAGAUGCAGGUUUUAUAAGUGACUUUCUAUUAUGCAUUUCAUACCCCUUCCCCAAUACUUAAUUUACCCUUUCAAAGAAUACCUCGUCCCCUGAUAGUAAUCCAGCCAAAAGCACAUCACCAAUUAAUCUUUGUAAAUAUCUCAAAAGAAGUUUCCUUGGCUCAUAAUUUUAUAAGUACAAAUUACUGUUCUUAUUUUUCAGGAUGUCAACCUUGGGACAAUUUGACUCUGACUUUUAUCAAUCUAAUUAUACCGUUGAUAAUCAGGAGCAGAGUUGCAAUGAUUCUAAUGCCUACGAUUAUCUUUAUGAAUCUACAAAACAACAAGCAAGUGAGCAGCCUCUGCCUGCCUCUUUUUUUCCACCAGAGAUGCUCACACCAUCAGGUUACACAGGACAAUUUUUUCAGCCAGCAUCCAGCCUGGAUUAUUAUUCACAAUCUCCUUACAUUGACGGUUUCGAUGAAGAGCCUCCUUUGCUAGAAGAUAAGUUAAGGAAGUAACUUGGAAUCAAUUUUGAUCACAUUUGGCAAAAAACCUUGACAGUGUUAAACCCACUGAAACCAGCAGAUGGCAGCAUUAUGAAUGAAACGGAUCUUGCUGGUCCCAUUCUUUUUUGCCUCGCCCUGGGAGCCUCCCUGCUUAUGGCAGGGAAAGUUCAGUUUGGUUAUGUGUACGGCAUGAGUGCCAUUGGCUGCCUUGGGAUUCAUGCCUUGCUGAACUUGAUGAGCUUUUCAGAAGUGUCCUAUGGCUGUGUGGCGAGUGUGCUUGGUUACUGCCUGCUUCCCAUGGUCAUCCUGUCCAGCUGUGCAAUCUUCUUUUCACUGCAGGGAGCCACUGGAACCAUGUUGGCACUGGUCAUCGUUGGCUGGUGUAGCCUCUCAGCUUCUAAAAUCUUCAUUUCGGCCUUGGCCAUGGAAGGACAACAGCUUCUCAUUGCCUACCCUUGUGCCUUAGUUUAUGGACUUUUUGCCCUCCUAACUAUUUUCUGAAAGUGUUUUAAGUGUCCUUACAAGAUUAUUCUGGAAAUACAUUCUCAUUCAAAUUUAAUAAUAUGAUUUCUGUUAUAUUGCUGUUGAGAGAACAACAAGCAGAGAGACAAAAAAGCAUUUAAGAGUGGUGCUCUAA